AAAAAAAAAAAAAAAAGCAGACAUAAUUGUUAAUUAUUUUAUAUAUAAUAAGAAUACGAAAAAGAAAUUAAAUAUUCGUGUUUUCUUAUUCAACUUUAUUGGUAACACCAAGUGAAGCUUCUAGAAUAACUAACUGCCUUUAUUAGACAUUUUGCUGUCUUUGAAUCGUAAGAAACAAAAAAAAUAUAUUUCACAACUAUGACUACUAAAAUGGCCAUUGGAGCUAAGGAUAUUUUCCGUAAUCAACAUCGCCUGAUACGUUUCAUUGAGCAAUCGAUUCGCUUAUGCAGUAAUCAAUCAUUAAAAGCUGCUCAACAGCAACAGCAGCAGCAACAGCAACAACACCAAUUAAAUAAAACUCAAUUAGAUGGUGAUUUUAAUAUUUCAAAAUCUUUAAAUUCUGAACAUUGGAAUGCUGUACCUGAACCCGUUGAACAUGAUCCUGAUGUUGGUCAACAAUUUUAUGGUAAUCAAUUAAUGGUACGCUUGGCCUCGCCACAGCAACUACAACCGAAACCAGAUCGUGAUGAGGAUUUAAUUUUCGGUAAACAAUUUACCGAUCAUAUGCUAAAAAUCUAUUAUCAUAAAAGUUUGGGAGGCUGGCAACGACCCGAAAUUACACCCCUUGAGAAUUUAGUAAUGCAUCCGGCCGCCAAAGUUUUACAUUACGCCGUAGAGCUCUUUGAAGGCAUGAAAGCUUAUCGUGGCGUUGAUGGAAAAAUUCGCAUCUUCCGACCUAAUAUGAAUAUGAAUCGCAUGAAUUUGGCGGCGAAACGUUCGGGUUUACCUACUUUUGAGGGUAAAGAAUUUAUAAAAUGCUUAUCACGUCUUAUCUCCAUUGAUUCGGAAUGGGUACCUCAUACACAAGCGGCCAGUUUAUAUAUUAGGCCGACUUUAAUUGGCAUUGAUCCUACAUUGGGUGUUGCUUCGUCCGACUCUGCCCUUCUUUAUGCUAUAUUAAGUCCAGUUGGCAGUUAUUUCAAAUCAGAUAGCAGUGGUGCUGUGUCCCUAUUAGCCGAUCCCAGCUAUACAAGAGCUUGGCCUGGCGGUGUAGGUAACCGUAAGAUGGGUUCAAAUUAUGCCCCAACGAUUAACGUACAAAAGAAAGCUGAUGCGAAAGGCUUACAACAGGUUCUAUGGCUGUAUGGUGAAACUCAUGACUUGACCGAAGUGGGUACAAUGAACAUAUUCAUGUUCUUUAUCAACGAUAAAGGAGAAAAGGAACUGAUAACACCACCUUUGAAUGGUUUAAUCCUGCCCGGUAUUACUAGAGAUUCAAUAUUAGCUUUAGCACGUCAAUGGGGUCAAUUUAAAGUUACCGAAGGUACCUUCAACAUGCCUAGAGUUUGCGAACUGCUUAAUCAAGGACGAUUGCUGGAAUUAUUUGGAACUGGUACUGCGUGCCUGGUAAGCCCCAUUAAUCGCAUACACUAUAUGAAUCAAGAUCUCUAUAUACCCACCAUGGAACAAGAGAAACCGGUCCACGAAACGAUACGCACAGCAUUGACCGAUAUACAGUACGGAAAAGUACCACAUCCUUGGGCCGUUGUCAUCGAAUAGGUUAAGUGUUAACUUCUUUUUCAUUUUUUAUGAUCUAAGUUAACCCAGGAGAGUUAAGAUAUACUUUUAAGGUUUUUGUUGUCUUAUUACUGCAAAAACAACGACCUGCGUAUUAAUAGUUUAUAAUUUAGUUUAAUUAUAUUAUUUUUUUUUCUUAAAAGAAGAAGAAGAAGAAAAACAAAUCGAUUCAUUAUUAUAAACAUAUAAUAAUUAGGAAAGCGUAUAAGAGGCAGCUUUUUUGUUAAGCGGGAUUUCGGUAGAUGGUGUGAAAAGUUCACGAUUACAGGUUUGAGUACUCGCGACUUUUGUUUAAGCAUUUAAAUAUGUUUAUUUAUUUUCAUUUUGUAUAGAAUUUUUUUAGUUUUUCUUUUCAUUUUCAAUUUUUUGAUUUUUAUAAGCAACAAACAAAAGAGAAAUUUGAAGCAGCGCAAUUGCCUCAAGUCAUGUAAAUAUGUUUAUGUAUAUAUUUCGAAAGAAUCAAAAUCCGUUCAUUAAUCGGAUGUGAUCUUUUACUAACCAUAAAAUUUAUGGUUAAAUAAUAGGAAAAACAAAAUUAAGAAAAAUAUUUCAAGAUAUCUCGGGUCUAUAGUACGCCAAAGAGAUUUUUAUUGCUCAGCACAUGUGUAUGAUUUUACAUUACAUUUUUAUUUUCAUUUUCAUUUUAACUUUAAUUUCCUUUUUAGCUUUAUUUUAUUAUUUUAUUUAAUUUUUUUUUGUUUUCUUUUUUUUUUUAAUUUAAUCCUAUAUUUCUAAUUAUUUUGUAAAUAUAGUCUUUAAGUAGUUGUUAACACUCAGGGGCUAUAUUUAAAAAAAAAAAAAAAAAAAAACAUUAAAAAAAAAAACGAAAAACAAAAAACACAAAAACCAAAAUUUUUUUCUCUUUAAUAUCUUCCCACCACCACUUCAUUUACACCCAAAGUACCGGAAAAAGUGCAUUUAUUCUGUAUUAAGUUUUUAUUCGUUCGUUCCUUUCGUUUCUUCUAUGAAUCGGUCGAAUUUUUUGUUUUUUUUUUUUGUGUUCAUUUUAGUUUUUUUUACUUUUUAUUUUUAUUUUUUUUAUGUAUUUUAUGAGUAAUUUUUUAAUUUUAUUAUUAAGUGAAUGCUGCGAGUCACAUCCAUAA